CAUUGGCUGUGGCGGCCCCCGUGACGCGGGGUGGCGACUGGCUCCCGUGUCUGAGGGGCUCCUGCUUGUCAGGUUCUAGCUCAUGUUUUCUGGCUAGACCUAUGAUCAUUCCCGUGAGACUUCACUGCACGUUUUCUCAAGUGUCUUCCUCAUCUCUAAUGUGUAAUCCUUCAACAUGGACCUGCUACUUUAGCUAAGAUAUGACCAUCAAUGAAUAGUAGUAAGGCAGCUGAAUAUUUUAUUCAAACAGCCACUGUUUCUGACUUCUCUCAGUAUUGAUGCAUACAAAAGAUAUGUGCUGAUUAGAAGGCUCACUUGUGCAGUGUGGAGGAUAAGAGAGUGCCUUACAAAAUGGGGUUUGGGAGUGACCUGAAGAAUUCACAUGAAGCUGUGUUAAAACUGCAAGACUGGGAAUUACGGUUACUGGAAACAGUGAAGAAAUUUAUGGCCCUGAGAAUAAAAAGUGAUAAAGAAUAUGCAUCUACUUUACAGAACCUUUGUAAUCAAGUUGAUAAGGAAAGUACUAUCCAAAUGAAUUAUGUCAGCAAUGUAUCUAAGUCUUGGCUACUUAUGAUUCAGCAGACGGAACAACUUAGUAGGAUAAUGAAGACACAUGCAGAGGACCUAAAUUCUGGACCCUUGCACAGGCUAACCAUGAUGAUCAAAGACAAGCAACAGGUGAAGAAAAGUUAUAUAGGUGUUCAUCAGCAGAUAGAGGCAGAGAUGAUCAAGGUUACAAAGACCGAAUUAGAGAAAUUAAAAUCUAGCUAUAGACAGUUGAUAAAAGAAAUGAAUUCUGCCAAAGAGAAAUAUAAAGAAGCUUUAGCUAAAGGGAGAGAAACAGAAAAGGCCAAGGAACGUUACGACAAAGCCACAAUGAAACUUCAUAUGUUACAUAAUCAGUAUGUAUUGGCAUUGAAAGGGGCACAGCUUCAUCAGAAUCAAUAUUAUGACACCACACUUCCUUUGCUUCUGGACUCCUUACAAAAAAUGCAAGAAGAAAUGAUAAAAGCACUAAAAAGUAUAUUUGAUGAAUACAGCCAGAUAACCAGUCUUGUUACAGAGGAAAUAGUGAAUGUCCAUAAAGAGAUUCAAAUGUCGGUUGAACAGAUAGAUCCUAGCACAGAAUACAAUAAUUUCAUAGAUGUUCACAGAACAACGGCUGCUAAAGAGCAAGAAAUUGAGUUUGAUAUUUCCUUACUAGAAGAAAAUGAAAAUCUUCAGGCAAAUGAGAUUAUGUGGAAUAAUUUAACGGCAGAAAGUUUGCAAGUAAUGUUGAAAACCUUAGCAGAAGAACUUAUGCAGACACAGCAGAUGCUUUUAAAUAAGGAGGAGGCUGUCCUGGAAUUAGAGAAGAGAAUUGAGGAAUCUUCUAAGACCUAUGAAAAGAAGUCUGAUAUUGUGCUUCUGUUAAGCCAAAAACAGGCACUUGAAGAGCUGAAACAGUCAGUCCAGCAGCUGAGAUGUACUGAGGCAAAGUUUACAGCGCAGAAAGAAUUACUAGAGCAAAAAGUGCAAGAAAAUGAUGGGAAAGAGCCACCUCCAGUAGUAAAUUAUGAAGAAGAUGCACGAUCAGUUACAUCUAUGGAAAGAAAGGAGAGGCUAUCCAAAUUUGAGUCUAUUCGUCAUUCAAUUGCUGGAAUAAUUAGGUCUCCAAAAUCUGCACCGGGCUCUUCAACAUUCUGUGAUGCGAUCCCCAUAAGUGAGAAGCCACUGGCAGAACAGGACUGGUACCAUGGUGCAAUUCCCAGAAUAGAAGCGCAAGAUCUGUUAAAACAGCAAGGAGACUUCUUGGUGCGAGAGAGUCAUGGGAAACCUGGUGAAUAUGUCCUUUCUGUAUUUUCUGAUGGACAAAGGAGACACUUUAUCAUACAAUUUGUUGAUAAUAUGUAUCGAUUUGAAGGCACUGGGUUUUCAAACAUCCCUCAACUUAUAGAUCAUCACUAUACAACAAAACAGGUCAUCACGAAGAAAUCAGGUGUAGUUCUGCUGAAUCCUAUUCCUAAGGAUAAGAAAUGGGUUCUCAAUCAUGAAGAUGUCACAUUGGGAGAAUUACUGGGCAAGGGAAAUUUCGGUGAAGUAUAUAAGGGCAUAUUAAAGGAUAAAACUGCUGUUGCUGUUAAAACAUGUAAAGAAGAUCUUCCUCAGGAACUGAAAAUAAAAUUUUUACAAGAAGCCAAAAUUCUCAAGCAAUAUGAUCAUCCCAAUAUUGUCAAACUUAUAGGAGUUUGCACACAAAGACAGCCUAUCUACAUCAUUAUGGAACUGGUUCCAGGAGGUGAUUUCCUCUCCUUUCUGAGAAAGAAGAAGGAUGAAAUAAAACUCAAACAAUUAGUGAAAUUUGCAUUAGAUGCUGCUUCUGGUAUGUCCUAUCUCGAGAGUAAAAACUGUAUACACAGGGAUCUUGCUGCAAGAAACUGCCUGGUAGGUGAAAAUAAUGUUCUGAAAAUCAGUGAUUUUGGAAUGUCUCGUCAAGAAGAUGGUGGAGUAUAUUCAUCCUCAGGCUUAAAGCAGAUUCCCAUUAAAUGGACAGCACCAGAAGCUCUUAAUUAUGGAAGAUACAGUUCUGAGAGUGACGUGUGGAGCUUUGGCAUCCUCCUCUGGGAGACCUUCAGCUUAGGGGUCUGCCCGUACCCUGGAAUGACAAAUCAGCAAGCACGGGAGCAAGUGGAAAGAGGAUACCGAAUGUCAGCCCCUCAGCAUUGUCCAGAGGACGUUUUUAAAAUUAUGAUGAAAUGUUGGGAUUAUAAACCUGAAAACCGCCCCAAGUUCGGUGAACUGCAGAAAGAGCUCACUGUCAUCAAGAAGAAAAUCACAUAGUGACAGAAGCGCAAACAGCCUUCAGGACUCGGUCCUCUAGCAGAGUGAUAGUGUUCUUCUCGUUAACAAUGAGUUUAUACCACGUUACCUGCAACAGUCUUCUAAGGUUAUUUUUUUUAUUAACUGUUUUUUAAAGUAUGUGCCACUUUAAAAAAAAAAGUCAAAGGCAAGUGCAUUCAAGAAACAGACAGUCCUGCCAAGGGCUUGUUUAGCUCACCACAGCAAGCCUGCCAUUUCAGGCCGUUGUACAUAGAAAAGCACAGCUCUAAAUGAGAGGUGACACAUCUCUCCUUUUCACACCAGGACCACUAAUGUUUCUCCGAGGUUUCUACUUCAGGCACAGUUCAUGGGCUGCUGUCCUAUGCCACAGACCCUAUUCAGUCGGUGCUAUAUGCUGCAUUGGUAAUGCCGUGUUUGCAUGACACAUUCCAACCAAAGUUGGCUUUCUGCUCUGCCAAGGCAAGGUCACUUUUGUAAACAUCAUUUUAUAUUGGGAAUUAUUUGGGCCUCCUAGGGUUUUUCUUUUCUUUCUUUCUAGAAAUAAUAAGCACAGUGUGAGAAUCAUCACAUCCUUUAUUGUUAGUAAGGCUGUCAUUUCCCUCCUCCUUGGUCGGGGCAUCAGAAAAUGAUGCAUGAAACGUCCUCAGAGAGCACACCCUUAGAGUUGAGGCAACAGCUUUUAAAGGAUGUUUUAGAGAGCUGUGACCACAAGAAGUCAGUAUGAACAGGAGAGUGGUCUGGAGGACGGAGCAGCUAAAGUAGUGAUCAGAGAGGAGAAAAAACAGAAAGUAUAAAAUCUGCUUUCUCAUCAGAGUUAUCCCUUUACACACACACACACACACACACACACACACCCUUUUUAUUUUAUGAUCUGAAUUCACGAGAAAGGUUUUAAGAAAUGUUUUCAGGAGUUCGUAGAUAGAGCCUUCUUAAUGGCAACACGGUUUUUUUUGAAGAAACUGCAAAGCACAAGUCCAUAGAAAUAACAGGAUACUUUUGGUUAAGUAUCUUCCCUUCAGCGGAGAUACCCCAGAAUUUAAUUCCCUUCAUUUCUGCCAGUUUUCAGAGCUGUCAUAAUGUCAUGAUCCUAGUUCAUAAACACAUUCAUGUGUGUACACGUGCACGUGUGCACACACACAUACACUACCAAGAAGCAAGGCAGGUGUGAAAGGAGUAAACGGUUGAGAAAUCAGAUGAGCAUUAUUGAGGAGAAGGACAUAGGGACAGCCCUCCUAUUUCCCCUCUCCCUUUCCUUUACCCUCAUACUGCUGCCUGGAAAUCCCUAUCAUUAGCUGACAGGUCUGCAAGCACAGUUCUGGAGACGCUUCAUAUGAAUAAUAUGUAACACAGAGUUAAAACUGUUGAGCUGAAUCUUAACCAUCCAGGGAACUUACCCCAUGUUCUGUAUAUAGUUGCCUCUCAGGAUAAAUAUGUGUGUAAGAGAUGGUCAUGCUCAGGGGUAAAUGUGGCUUGGGAGCUUUUAUUAAGUGUUCAGGCCUGUGUCCAGAUAAAUAGCACCUUAGUGAUUAUUUGGUCUACAUCAUUGCGAGAGCUUAUGGGAUAGAAAAUUCCUCCUGCCCUCUCCAACUGUUUGCUGCCUAUAAAUAUCAUUGCACAGGACUCAGACCCAGUACUUUAAAGAAUAUAGAGGAUGAAAAUAAAGAGAAAAAUGGCUUGUGUCUAUCAUUUCAAUCUCCUUGCAAGUUUUGUACACAUUUAAUGAGCAUUACAUCCAGACUAAAAUGAAAGCAUGAUAAACUUGCUCUCAAAAAUAUAUUGCAAUAUACAGAGCAACUUUUUUUUAAUCAGCAUUGUUUCCCUUCUGUCAAAUAUUGUAAAUAAAUGGAACCUUCUUUUGAUGGCAUAUAUUGUGAUAAAUCAAAGCAUGGACUCAUGAAUUAAGAUUAAGUGCUAGGGUCUUCAGACACUUGCCAGCCUGCAAAAAUAAGAAUAAGAUGGCGACAUUUCCACUCUUUAUUAAUAUCUCCAAGUGAAUCUCUCCGUAAUAUUCUUUGUUUAAAGAAAACAGCCUCCCAUCACUUAGCAGCCUCAAUGCUAAGCUCUCAGCAAGGAGAGAAAAUGAUGGUUUGGGCUUUAAUUUUGUGAACAAGACCUGAAGCUUAAUCUUUUCAUUCUCGUGUAAAGAAUGAACAUGGCAUUGAUAUUUCACUCAUCCAGGCUGUUAGAAUUUGCAAUUCACAUCAUAACUCUGUGCUUAAAUUAAAGAAGCUUUUCAAAACAUCGUGACAUCUGCAGCAUUUAAAUUCUGUUUUAUUCUUUGUCCCAAAGCAGGCAGUUGUAUAGUUCAGGAUUAAUAAGUCACUGGGAGUCUUUCAGGAUCAUAGCAGUUGUAUAGAAUGUUAAAUUUAAUAUAGGCAGAUGCAUUAAGGAAAACUUACGCAAACCAUUUUUUACUGUUAAUUUUGUUGUGCUUGAAGCAUAAUUUAUUCAUCCCUUCUGUCACUGAUAAUUAUUGGAAUUAUGUACUUUAGGAGGCUAAUCCAUACCCAAAAAGCACACAUAUAAAUACUGUUCUGAAUUUGCAAGUUAAUGUAGGGAAAGAAGGCUUCAGAAAUAUACAAAAUCCUAUGGCUUGUUUAGUAAGAAAACAGUUGUAACCAAAAUUGCCACUGGUCUGAAUGUAAUUAAGCCAGGUCACAAAUCUUUGUGCUGUUAAUGGAUUUUCCAAGAGUUGCAUAUAUCAAUCCUAUACAGUUCCUGCCAUAAUUCCUUAAAUUUAUCAAUAUGGAGUCAGGGGCAGGUAAACCCAGGCAGUCUGACUCUCACCUGCAUUUUUCUAUCUUGAAUCACCAAGGAGUCUUUACAAGAGACAUUUAGGUAGUUCAUCAUUUUUCAAGGAAAGACAUCUUUUAAUGUCAAAUUAACGUUUAUUUCCAAUAUGUGAAACCUAAAAUUAAUUUUGUAUUCCAUGUAAUCUAAGGUUGCUUCCCAAAGCCAACAUAUUCUUUCUUUUACAGGAAAAUAAUAAUAAAGGAUUAACAAGUUUUGUUUAAACUUUCAAAUUCAGAGGCUUUAUUUCAGUAGCCCAUCCUGCCUCUAGGUUCCUAGUAAUGGUCUCAUGUAAACAUUUCUCUUUUAUCUCCAAAAUUUGAUUUUGCAAUAAAGUUCUUCAUCCAUAAUUCACCAUUUUAUCACAAAUACAAUAUUCUUGAAACAUCUUACCACAUCAGUAUAGAACAUGAGCCUAAUUGUAUUAGCUAUUUUUCAGUGUACAAUUUACAAUUGUUUUUCAUUUGAGUGUUGUUUUUAAAAGAAAAGAAAAUGUUUAGUCAUUUAAAUAGUCUUAAUUUCCUUUAAACCACAGUAUGGUUUUCUUGUCUAUGUUAUACUCAUGUUUCAGUUUUGCCAUGCAGUUUUAUAUAAAGUUUGGCUAAUACCACCAAAAUAACUAUGGCUUCACAAUACUGGUGUGAAAUUGUGUCAAGAAGAAAGUGUUUUAAUUACAAUAUAUGUCACACACUGAGGACCUCGUAGUGGUGUAAAGAUAAAAAGUAGAAUGCAAAAAUACAUGUCUAGAUCAUAUAUUGCUGUCAUUCAGAGAUGUGUCAGUCACUCUCCUUUAGAAUUCAUUCUUGUGAGUCAUCAGAUUUUAAAAGUACCUGAAAACCUUACUUAGUAUACUCUGGGUACACUGUUUUGUGGCCUUGUACCCUUUGAAGUAAGAUUAAUUGAUACUUUCUGAAAAGUUUGUUUGCCUCAGCCCUCUUCUUUGUACACACACUCCCUUGAUCAAACCAUUGAUACUUUAGAUGUUUCUUAUCAACAGAAUUGAUUGUCCAUAAGCACUGUUCUCAGUCAUGGAAAGGCUGAGUUUUGUAUUUAGGAGGUCAGAGCUCCAACACAAAAUAGAGACUAACGCAAAAUAUCCAGAGCAACAAAGGGGCACACAAUUGAAAAAGACAUUUUCUUUAUGUAUUAAUAUGUUAAUUAAAUGGGAACAAAGAUUUUAUAUGAAAUGAGUUUAUAUUACAUUUCCAUUAUACUAGUAAGUUAGCAUGAAAGUUUGCCGUUAAAAUAAAGUGUUACCUCUUUUAUUACUAACUCUGAUUUGCUUAUAUAUACCAGAAAUUUUUUUAUUAAAUAUUUUAUUAUUUAUUUUUCUCUGUUUUGAUUAGUUUCAUAUCAAGUCUGAAUACUAUAUUAUUUGGGAGAAUCCAGAACUACAUAUUAAUUUUUGCAAAAGAAAAUACUCUGAUUAAGAAAGUCAAGAUUUCAUGCACCAGGAUUACCUACUUGAAGGAGAUAUGGUACAGUCUUAGAGUCCCAUAAAAUUCUCCUUUAAAAAAUAAUGUUAUAAUACAGAAGAUGUAUAAACUAUGUAUCUUAGUCAUAAUUUAAGGAAAUAUUUAUUACCCCUUGAAAACCAUCCUACUGCCUCAUAAGGAUUCAAAGAUUAAAUUCUGAAUUGUUAAGUGUAGACAUUAAGACUCGCUUAGCUGCCUAAUAAGAGCUGAGAUUCUUGGGUGGUAGAAAGUCCUGCUGUACUAAAUUCCUAGUCACUUUAAACUGCAGAGAAGUAACGAGCAUAGGUUUCAGUGUGCCUGUUAAUAAGGAGCUGAGCAGGCAUCCACAAAGCCAGAGGAGGAAAGAACCAGUGAUUUUAAGGCAAGAUGAUAGAGCCCCUGCAGAGAGUGUGGAAUAAUUAAAGUGGGAUGAAGACUUGAACAAUGUCACUAGAAAGCCUGAGAACAGUGCCACCAGGCCAGAUCCUUUCCUAUAGAAGAUUAAAAAGAUAUUGGAGCCAAAAGAAGCAAAAAAGAGGUCACAUGCCAGUGUGUGGGCCUUAGUGGGAGCAAACCACACACCUCUCCCUUGCACUUCGAGCAUUUUAUACCCCUGGCUCAGAGAUGGUGCUGUGCUGGAUGACACUUAUAUUCAUUGUCCGGCCAACUAAUGAGUUUGGUCAUUUGUGUUUAGGCUUUUAAAAGAGACUACUCAAAGUCUCUUUACAUUUGCAUUAGUUCUAGUUACUAUUUCUUAAACUAAGGUCACUGAUUGUUCAUACCUUACUAGAAAUCUCUGGUUGUGAUGGGACUCACCCUGGGCUAGUCUCCUAAAUGAGAGCACACUUAGAUUAGCCCUGUUUCUCCUUUGACUAAUAUUAACUAAUUGGCUCCUAGAGUUAACCCCAGAGGGACUUUACUGUGAUGAGCUGUUCUCUGGGGAAACAUGGAAUUCAGCAGGAAAGUAGGAAAACACCAAUUAAAUAGCCAUGGUUCCUUGUCUUUAUACUAGUACCAUUUGAGGGAAAGGAAUUGGAAACAUCUUAAAGCCAGUCAAAGUGCAGCAUGGCUAAGGUUAGACAUGGAAGGCAGAGAAAGAGACAUCCGACAAGGAAGGCUGAAGGACAUGAAGGGCAAGAACACAGUACCAACGCAGAGUGACCCAAGGGCUAACCUUCCAACAAAGAAAUGCGGUGUCAGUCAGGAAAAGCUAAUCCUCAAAGGGGGUUUUGAGGAGCUUCCUGCUGCAUGUUAUUAAAUAUUACAUGCCUCUCAAGUCUCUACAACAUUUCUUAGAGGACGUUGAAUUGGAUAUUGAUUUGAUUUUCUUUACGCUCCCUCUAAUCUCAGGAGGUAGCCACUGUUGAAUGAGAAUUACCCUGCUCGGUCUUUCUGUAAGGCUGCCAACAUGGCAGUGGUUCAGCCCACCCCCUAAGCCGUAGGACAGCCAGCAUCGGAGGAAAAUGGCUGUGCAAGCUCCUACGUUUUAUUUUAUUAAAGAAAAGAUAUCUUGCAGGUGUCUGUGCUUGCAACAUGAAGACAGAUAUAGCUUCCCUCCUUGCCAGCAAGCUUGUACGAGCCCCAAAACAAGAAUAUUUAGGACUUACUUUAAAAAGAUUCAAAUCUUGAAUUUCUAAACUAUCCUCCCAAACUUUACCAUUGAGGCUAGCAGUUAACUAAUUGAGUGUUCUACAAAGUAAUAAAAUGUUCUAAGUGAUAGUAAUGACCCUGGUAGCAGAAUUUUGUAAUACAUCUUCCCUCAGCUUUAUUCAUUCAGGAAGCUUUUCUUGGAGAUCUGCCAUGUCAGGUGCAGGGAACCAGGUUGGGUGUUAGUUUUUCUGUUCUUUGUUUUUGUGUUUUUUACUCCUGGUUAGUAUUUGCUUUUCUCAUGUUCAGAUUCUUAAUCCUUACUUUACCAAAACAGAAAAACCUUUAUCAUUAGCUUUUAUCAGAAAAUGUCAUAAUUGGCCUAGGCCAACGAGCUUCUCCUCAGGUGCUCAGGAGGCCCCUGCCCUGUAGGGAGCUCCCAGGCUUCCAUUUACUGAGGCCAGCUGCACAUCCACCAUGUGAGAGGCUGUGGUAGAGGCAGCUGAGAAUGCAAACAAGGCCUAGUUGAAAUCUUUUGGCGGAGACAGGACGAUUAAGUGGCAGAUGUGUUUGAUAAGUGGCACUAUCAAUAGAGGCUCUUGGGAGAUUUCCCAGGAUAGAAAGACCACUGUGAGGCAGUGUGUCCAGGGAAGCAGCCUGUUGACUUAGCUGAGUAAGCUCAUUAGGUUACCUACCUCCAAAGAAAUAUUAAAACACUACCUUAAACCCCUCGACAUCUUCAGUUUUUCCAUUCCACUCUUCUAUGCCAAUAUUUUUUGUGUUUCCUUCACACUCCUUUUGUCAGUACAUGUCUAAAAGUAUUUCAGCUGUGCAAAUUAAAGAGUUUUUCUGUAACUUCAGAAAAGAGGAUAGCAAAUAUGAAGCCUUAAGUUCAAAAUAAACCAAUCUACCUAGAUAUGUAGACUCAGUACCCCCAUUGUGUUAAACCAUCAGCUCUACCUACAGUUCUCGCAAAGCAGUCCCUUUCCUAAAAAGCCAAACGUCAUACCUUUCUCCUAUUUGCUAAGAACGUCUUUAAUUUCAGGAAAGCACAUUCUAGAUGCUAUCCAAAACAGAUUUUAAAAUGACAUCCUAAGAAACCACAUUUCAACCAUCAAAGCAGACAACAGAAACCACGUCAUCCCUAUGUGUUCAAACACCCUUGCAAAAACUAUAACCAUCUAGGCAAUUCAUCUGGUCACAGGUGAUAAAACACUUUGAAAGCAUAGGUCAGAUGUCAAUGGGAAAUAUCAGUGUUUUGAACAACACAAGAUAAGUGUAAGAUGGCCAUAAAAAAAGAAAUCCCAAUUUCCACAUUGGAGCAGGAAAAGUCUGAGUAUGAAAAGUGAAGUGUAUGCGUCCAAAUUAUUACUAAUAUUUUCUUUAUGUAGCUCUUGUCAAAUUGUACAACCUGGAGUCUUCUUUUGAGUUUCCUGAACAAUCUUUAUGAAACAAAAAACUAAAUUUUUCCCCUGCCUCACAAUGGGGGCCUCAAUUUCUGAGUACCCUGGAUUCAGAAUCGUAAGAGCUGAAAGGGAAUCUGGACUCCAUUAUUACUAAGAUCCCAGGCAAAAGGACCAUCCUGGCAGUCUUUGCCAGCUCACUAAUCUCUGCUUUUGUUAAUUUUUGAACAUGAAAUGGGGGGGGGGGG